UUGGCUCAUUCCGAGCAACGGGAGAAAUAGGAACUGAGAGAGAAAAGGCAAGAGCAGCCCCGAGCCAGGGGUUUCCCUGGCUCUUAUGAAGGCUGUCAGAAAGAAAAACUCCUGAAGGGAAGAAAGCAGGAGGUAGAACCCUUAAGGUUCACAGACAGGGGCCAAGUCCCUCUGUCCUUACCAGGACUUAGUGUAUUGGUUAUAUAGGAAGAAAACUUUGGAAUCAAGGUCGUGGCAGAGGAGAAGAGGACCAAGAGAAAAGUGUGGAGGUGAAAGAGCUGCUAUCUACUCAGGUCAAAGCGUAGCUGCAGGACAACAGAGACCAAGCGGAGAACACAUCUUGAAAGGACAAGUAAGCCCACGACUCGGAUCUCCUAAGGACUCGGAGGUGAGAGGGUAAGGACUCUAAGCUACCUAGAUCCUCCACAACCUCUCCUUUUUGCCAUGCAUUUCUGCCUGCUGGUGUUCCUGUGUCUCAGUCUCAUCUUCAUCCAGGCCCCAACGACAGCAGCCAAGACAUGCUACUACUGUGAUACCAUAGAAGUGGGUUAUUGCACAGGAAUCCCAGAUGACUGUGAAGAAGAACAAGAAUGCUACACCGGACUGGGCCUGGCCCCGCUGUUCCCCGGGAUAACCCAAAAGGGUUGUGUGGCACCAAGGGUCUGUGGGGAGGAGCGGUCCGUGACCUACAUGGGAAUUCAUUAUAUGCUCACCAUCUACUGCUGCGAAGGUGAACUGUGCAAUGGCGAAUCGGCUGUCACCAUUCAGACUCAAUCCAACAGUGCCAACACCGACCCCAAGACCACGCCUGCCAAUAACACCACAGGCACCAGCACCACUGCUGCUAUCACCAUGGCUGCUGUGGUAGUGAUCACCGGGCUCCUGAUGGCACUGUUCAUCUGCUACAUGCUGUGAUCCGAAGGAAGGGAAAGAUCGCUUCCAUGCUACUAACCACACAUUGGCUGUGUCAUCUUCUCAGGAAUUUUCCUUACUAAUAUUAAAGUGGUUAGAGGCAAAAUGUAUGUUGUCUUGAGUCGUGUUUGGGGGUGGUU